GAUUUAUACGAAGUUGAAUGAAUUGCAUGCUACGCGAUCGAAUUGCAUUACCGAGAGACAAGAGCGAAUCAGAGAUAGUGAGGUAAAAAGUGAGAUAAAGGAAAACGAUAAUCUCUUCUCGAAGAGAUAAAAACGUGUUUGCACUAUCACACUCGACGACUUUGAUUUUACAAAGGUUUUGCGAGAGACAUUUAUUCGAAGAGUACGAAAUUUGCAUGAAUUAACUCUGCAAAUUGUCACAAAUUGAUUCGAGCGGGAAAGAAUGACGUGCCCUGCCAAGAUUUUCACCGCGCGAAUUAUCACGUUUGACAUAAUUAACGUCAUGCAUUUUUCGAGUCAGCUGUUGUCGUGAUUUAUGAAGCAAUAAUCUUAUCUCUGAGGUAACGCAGUAAAAAACGCGCGGUAAACAUCUCUCUGCCUAAAUCCUCUCGCACUUGUACAUAGCAAAGCAAGCGUGAAGAGAAUUCUCAAAAGCACGUGAUCCUGCGCGGUGGAGAGUUAACGUCAAGAUGAAUAAUAUUGUCGAGUUGGUCGUAAAUUGCGCUUUGCUAUGGAUUUUCCUCCAGACCGCGAUAAGUGUGCUGAUCACCAUCCUGUAUGAGUUUUGCAUUCCCUGGAUCGUUUGGGGCUCAUUGAUUAUCAUGAUAUCGAUGAAAUUGGCCCGAGUGUCCCCUCCGCCUACCAGCAUCAUACAAGAGGUGCUUGGCGUGAAUCCGCUCUUCCUGUGCAAAGAUAACUCCGUGUCCGAAAACCACGGUAAUGGAGAGCAAUAUUGCAUGCGAGUGGUGGCCCACCGUGGUGGAGGAUAUGAUUAUCCUGAGAACAGUUUGUUGGCUUUCCGAAAUUGCAUAAAAAAGGGUUGUAAUGCAGUAGAGCUUGAUUUACGUCUAACAAAGGAUAACAUUCCAAUAUUAUUCCAUGAUCCAACAAUUGAAAGAGUCACAGGCCGAACAGGAAUGAUUAGUGAAAUGACAUGGGAAGAAUUGAGGGAAGUUGAUAUAUCUUAUAAUCAUCCACUUAGGAACAAAUUUUCCGAAGGCGCGAGAAUCGCACUAUUAGACGACGUAUUACAAAUAUGUCUGAACAGUGAGCAAAGAAUAAUUAUAGAUUUAAAAGAGACGAGCAAAUUGUUGGAUGUCGUGCAAGUUAUUCUAGACAUUUACAAAAAAUACCCAAAACUGUUCCAAAGAUGCGUCAUAUCGAGUUUCAAUCCAAUUUUAAUAUACAUGAUUAGGAAGAAAGAGCCACGUAUUGUUUCGAGUCUCGCUUGGAGGCCGUAUUUUUUUUCAAGAUCAUCAUACAAUGGUCUAGAAGCACCCGGCCCAGUACGAAAUCACAAUCAGUUUAAGCAUUUGACAGCUUGCAUCUCGGAAAUUGUGUAUGAAUGGCUGCUACCAAGUUUUAUCUACUAUAUAGUUGGCAUUUCCGUUGUGUUGUUGCACAAGGACAUAAUAAACCCACGCGUAAUCGAAAAAUGGCGCGAUCGCAAUGUUCGCGUCAUAGCAUGGACGGUGAAUCGGCCGUCAGAGAAAGCGCAUUUCUCGAAGUUCUUUAAAGUCACCUAUUUAACCGAUACGCUACAUCUAGAGGACAUGUAGUGAUGUCCGAUAUAUUUUUGUUCAGUAUUAAAUUUCAAAGACUUUGUACUAUACGCUGGCAUUAUGCACGUACAAAUUUUUAUACUUUCGAUUAUACAGAUUAUACGUCAUUGAUACACGAUCGAUCAAUUAUCUAGUCGGGUCGUAAAAAAAUUGACAUAACGACUUACAUUAUUUUAAACAUAGAUUAUAAGGCAUUUAUUUUAUAAUGUCUUGUACAAGGCAUAUAUAUGUGCGAAUAGCGAUAAUAAAAUUAAAUUAUUCGU